AUGGCCACGGCACCGCUCAGCCUCCUGCGGCACAGCGAGGGCCUGCGGGCAGACAGGCUGCGGAGGGGUUUAGCUGGGCAUCCUCCUGCAUGGGUGGGGAAAGCCCCACAGGGCAGCGAGCUCCCUGCCCACGCCUGUACCGUCUACCGGCCCUGGUUCUCACCCUACAGCUACUUCAUGCGCACCGAAGGAGACACCCAGCAGCACAAGGGCGGCCCCCCCUCCGGCCUGGCCACCGGCACCUGGGAGCGCGAGGAGCCCGAUGACCUCUCGGAGAUUACCCACAUCCAGCACAGCUCCCAGGAGGGUUACAGCUGCAAGGUGUACUACCGCAAGCUCAAGGCCCUGUGGGAGAAGGAGCAGAAGCAGAAGCAGGAGGCUGCAGGCUGCAGGGCGGCCCCGCCAGCCGGGCAGCCGCCGCGGGGGGGCACUGCUCCAUCGCUCCCGUCAGCAGCAGAAUAA